AUGCCUGUUCCAUCUCUGGAGCGUUCGGCUAAAAGACGACGAGAACAUUUCGACUCUGAAUCGCAAUCUGCUUCUGGAACAGACAAUCUCCAAAAGCCAGCCAGUCUAAAAAAACGGCGCGGAAUCAAAGAGGCACCGGUGACUAGAAAUAUUCCCCUUGUUAGUGAGAUGAAACGGAUUUUGGAUGAAAAUCCCUCUCUAGCUUCGUCGGCCAUAGAGCUUCUUUAUCUCUAUCUUUGUCUAUGGGAUUGCUAUAUUGUCAAGUCCGCCCAGAAGAUACGGCUGGAAGAGGAAUACCGAGUGCUCCGGGACUCCAAUGCAUGGCUCGCACAGGAGAACAGCCAGUUGCACCAGGCUUGCGCCAAUCGCGAGUUGCUAUUAUGGGACCGCCUAGAGGCAUUUAACUCCCUAGGGCGGGGCAUAAUCGCGGUACUUCAGAGCAGCGAGCCUUUCCCGUCCGACAUAAUGAUGCAGAAGUAA